ACACAGGUGACGUAGAGCGUGUGACGCGCCUGAACGAUGAGAUAAGCAGUUCCACUCCGCGUGCGUGUCCGAAAAGCAGGCGCGCGCGAUCCGGGCGCCUUAUUUCUGACGCAGACUAAAGAGGAUUCAGUGAGCGGCGCAGGGUUUAUAGGUGAGCCGCAGAGGGUCAAACUGGAUGGAUCCAGCUCCGCGGGGGGGAGCGGCGCCGCGCGCGCACACCUGAGCGACACGCAGCGGGGACAGCGCGUGCACGGCAGCGACACCUGACAGGAAAAGUAGGACUCCGCUUGAAUCUGUCCUGAGGCUCACAUUCACUGAAAUAUACUGACACAGCUGGCUCCUGAUUGGAGAGCCGCGCGAUGACACAAGCUGACGUCAUCAACGAACAGGUGAGAUCAUUCAGAGGUUAAAGGUCGUCAGCAUCACCUCUUCCCGCCGACGCUGGACUAAGGCUCCUCAUUGGCUCACCUUUGACCCCUCUCGGAUUGAAAAUGUCUCUGUGGCUGAGAGGUGAAGGAAUCGCUGACGUAUUUUCACCCACUCAGGAUCUGUGGAAUGUUCUUCUGUGAGAGAAAAAGGUCUUAAUCUGUAGUUUGGUGACCAUGGAGUAACAGCUGAGUGGGAUUUUCCUGAAGAGGACUGUUUCCAGACGUUAAUCCAAUAAUGGAGCAGGACUUCAUACAGUAGGACCUCAGACCGCCCAGUGCUGCUGUAUCCCACCCCUUCACAGCUGCUCUUUCAUUUCUGAAACUGUUGAUGGACCUGCGGGCCUCCUAAAGCUCAGAGGAGACCCACGCUUCCUCUUUCUACUCCCCCCCCAUAAACACAAACUACAAACAUGGCCGCCACAGGACGGAGGCACCUGGUGAAAGAUUUCAACCACUUCAUCACCUGCUACCUGUGCCGAGGUUACCUGAUCAAACCCACCACAGUCACUGAGUGCCUGCACACCUUCUGUAAGAGCUGCAUCGUGCAGCACUUUGAGGAGAGCAACGACUGUCCUAAAUGUGGCAUUCAGGUCCACGAGACCAACCCACUGGAGAUGCUCCGGUUGGACAACACCCUGGAGGAGAUCAUCUUCAAGCUGGUGCCUGGCCUCAGAGAAAAAGAGGAACAGGAAGAAGUGGAGUUCUGGAAGAAGAACCAGCCGAGGGAGAACGGCCAAGAGAACCUGAAGUAUCAGCGGCCCUGGCUCCCCGAGGGCGCCGCCGCUGGAGGGGGCGCUGAUGAUGACGGUGACGGCGGUGAAGAUGGAGACUACCACAGGAGCGACCCUCAGAUAGCCAUCUGUCUGGACUGCCUGCACAACACGGGGCAGUCAGGGGAGAGCACCGUGACGGAUCUGAUGAAGAGGUUCAUCCGCUGCUCCAGCCGCGUCACCGUGGGAACAAUCAAGAAGUUUCUCAGUCUUAAACUGAAGCUGCCGAGCUCUUAUGAGCUGGACGUUCUGUGUAACGGGGAGAUCAUGGGCAGAGAUCACACUCUAGAGUUCAUCUACAUGACCCGGUGGAGGCUGCACGGGGAGAACACGUACCCCAUGGUCCUGGAGUACCGGCCGCGCAUCGACUUCGGCUGAGCAGCUGCUGCAGGAGGACACAUGAUCCACACAUAAACACAAAUGCAUUCAUACAUGUGAACACACACACACACAUAACGCCUAAAAGUGCAGAUAAAGAGAGAUUUAGAUGUAUUUUUGUACAGCCGACGAUGAAGUGCUUAUGUUGUUGCGUUAAAAAGCCUUUAUGCUCCAUAGAAUAAUAUAUGCUAUGAUAUAUGCUAUUUUUAAAUGUAUGUCCCUGUGCCUAAAGACCUGUUUGGAACGAUCAUAUCUCUACUUUGCCUGUCGAACUAACUGUAGAUUAAAUGUUGAUUUUCUACUGUG